AUGGCAGAUCCCCUUGGCCCCCUGGACUGCCGCGACAACCCCCUUAUCGGGCUUCCCAUUGAAGGCCCCCUGGCUGACGAACCCCUUCAGCCACCACCCUCCGUCCUCCAAGCAAUUCCCCCCUUCCACCUUCAUCAGGGCGACGACUGCUGCAACCACAAUCACGACUUUACCGGUCCCGUCUUUGCAGCCCACAUCCAACCUCAAAAGCAAGAACAAAAUGGACCGUAUACUAACCCCCACGAGAACCUCCUUCUCCCCUGCACCAACUGCCAUGUUCCUACACCACCCCACAAACUCCACGACCUGCCCUGCGGCGAUGUACUCUGCCGACUCUGUCUCGUCGCCCGCGUAGCCCGCGUACAAAAGCGUAUCGCCCAGAACCACACCGAGAUCCAACGGCUCUCCCACAAAAUCCACCACAUCGACCGCUACCUCCGCACUAUCCAAGCCACCAACCGUUUCACAGGCGACCGUCAGAAACGAUACCUCGCCCACCGUCAAUUCUACCACCGCACCAUCGCCCGCUUAGCCGGCUUCACCUGCUACCAUUCCUCACGCGAUGUAGAAACCAAAACCGAAGCAGAAACAGAAACAGAAAUCGACAUCUCCCAAACCCUACACCGUUACCAAUCCUGUCUUGGCACCACCGUCUCACGCAACCUCUGGCUGCUGCUCAACUGGCUCGGCGACCUCCCCACAGGUCAACGGGUGUGCGCGUGGCCGGACUGCGGCGCGUAUCUUCCGGACUGUUGUCGGUAUCAGAUGGCCGAUAGUAUUGGUAGUAGUAAGAAAGGGGAGGUGGGUCUGUGGCGGUGGCAUUGUGCUGUGUGUACUGGGAACUCGAUGGGGGCGUCGUCGCGGAGGAGGGGGGAGGAUCAGGGGGUGUUUCCGUUUUUGAGGAGGGGGACGGUGGAGUUGGCGCCGUGUCGGUAG